AUGGCCUCAUACGACCACUACGACACCCCGUCGUCUCGGGAGCGCAUAACCACGCGGCGCUACUACCGCGAAGAGCGCCUGGACGACCGCGAGCCGCGCUACUACGACUCCCGCGACACCUACUCCCGCGAUCUGGUACCCCGGGGCCCGCCCCACACCGAGAGCGAGCUUUCCAUCGAGGAGAUCCGCCGCGAGUUCCCCCCUCCGGGCUACUCCACUCGCGAUCUGCACCGGACCCGGUCGACCGAGCGCGGCUACUACGCCGAGUACGACGACCGCCGCGCCUACUACAGCCGCGACCGGGACCGGGACCAUGACCGCGAGUACGACCGCAAGUCGCGGUACUACGAGGAGGAAAAGAGGAAGAAGGCCCGCGUGCUGUCCAAGCAGCAACAGAUCCUGGCUGCCAUCACUGGUGCCGCGAUAGCCAUUGGCGGCAAGGAGCUCUACGACCGUCGCGAGGCCAAGGAGCAUGGCACUGAUGUCCAGCGCAACCUCUUGGUCUCAGCCGCUCUAGGUGCUGCUGGAGCCUUUGCCGGCUACCAGGGCACCGAGCUCUACAACAAGCACAAGGAGAAGGAGGAGAGAAAGGCCCAUGCCUACCGCUCUGGGUACUACUCCGACGAUGAGUUGACAGAGAAGGAGAAGAAGGGCCACAAGAACUUCCUCGAGAGCGCGCUUGCUGCUGCUGGACUUGGCAGCGCUAUUAAAGCACUGACCGGAGAGAGCUCCAAAGAUGAGAGAAGCGAAACCAGGAGCCGCCGUGCCAGCCGGUCUCGGUCUCGGUCACGCUCUCGUUCCCGCUCCCACUCCCACUCCCGCUCCCGCGCUCGCUCACGAUCUCGUUCAAGCGGUUACUCAAGGGACAGCAAGAACGACGUCGCCAGCAAGAUCCAGAAGGCAGCCAUGGCGUCUCUGAUUGCCGGUGCUACUGAGGCCUUCCGCAUUUCCAAGCAGCCCGGUUCGUGGAAGGGAGAAAAGGCCAAACGUAUCCUUACUGCUGCGGCUGGUGCUGCCACUCUGGACGCAGCUCAAGAUCCAGACAAGGCCGGCAGCAAGCUUGGUCUUGCCGAAGCCGUCCUUGGUGGUCUUCUUGGCAACCGCAUGAUCAACGGGUCCAAGAAGAAUAUCGAGAUGGAUGAGCGCACUGGCCGGUCUCGCUCUCGAUCCCGUGCUCGUUCCAAGGAUGGCUCCGGUGGUAUGGGCCCGCUUGCCGCCCUUGCCACCGCUGGCUUGGGUGCAAUUGCCGGGAAGAAGCUCAUCGAGAACCACGAGCGGUCGAGGUCUCGCCACAGGAGCGUCGACUCUCACGACAGUCGGAACCAUUCCCCCGACCGCCGCCGCCGCCGCCGCCGCAGCAGCAGCAGCAGGAGCCGAAGUGUAGUAGAUGCUGCCCGUCGCGGCCUGGCUAGAAUAGGCAUUGGAAAUGGCCCUGACGACGACGAAGACUCUGACCACGAUCGCCACGACCGCAGCCGCUCUCGCGGUCGCGAGCACAGCCGUGAACAUAGGCGCAGCCGCGGCUAUGAUGACCAUGAUGAUUCCCACUCGCGCCGCCGCCGUGACAGCUACGAUGACUACGAUCGAGAUUACGAAGACGACCGCCGCAAGGACUACGACGGCGACCACUUCUACCAUCGUGACCGGUCGCGGCACAGGAGGCGCGGCUCGGCGUCGUCUGCCGACUUGGGCAACUCGAGCGCCGACGAGAAGCGAGGAAAGAAAUUGAGAGGUAAGCAAAUUCUCAGUACAGGUCUGGCUGCCGUGGCGACCAUCCACGCAGCCCACAGCGUCUACCAGAGCAUAGAGAAGCGCCAGCAGCGGCAGAAGGCCGUCAGGGAGGGCCGACUUUCGCCCGAAGAGGCCGAAAAGCUCAAGAAGAAAGCUCUUCUCCAGGAUGCCGCUGCUGUUGGCAUCGCCGCGCUUGGCAUCAAGGACGCCAUUUCGGAGAUUCAGGAAGCCUGGCACAAGAGGGAGGAGCUCCGCCAGUGGAAGCUGGAAAGGGAAGAAAAGCGCCGUCGGCGUGCAGAGAGACGACGAAGAUUUUUCGGUGCUGAGGACGAGGACGACGAUGCAGACGAUGAAUCCGACGACCAGCACCGCAGACACAGAGCUAGCAGCUGGUCUGCUCACUCUUCGGGGGUUGACACCGAACAAACUUUCUAUGAAGGGCCGCAUUACAUCGACGGUAACCCAUACAGCGCACUUCCUUCUCCACCUCGGUCUGGCACUACAUCACCCGAUAGGAGGUAG